UUCAAUUUUCAACAGUUCGAGAAACACGCAACUCCCUCAGCUUUUAUAUAUAAACCCUCUGAAUCCCCCAGAUUGCGGUACCUCACUCUCUUUCUUAUCCUUUUCUUACUAUCGCCUUUGUCUCUCCUCUUGCCGCUCCUUGCCUCUCCCUCGCUUCAGGGUAAUCACUCGCACCAAAUGUCUUUUGAUCUCAACGAGAAACAUUUGUCAAAUUUUCGGUGUGAUUUUGGUUUUAAGAAUCGAUGGGGAAAACAUCGCGGCUGCCUCCUGGCUUUCGAUUUCAUCCAACUGAUGUUGAGCUAGUUAUGUACUAUCUAAAGAAGAAAGUAAUGCGGAAAAGAUUUUGUUCUGAACCCAUUGCAGAGAUUGAUAUAUACAAGUUUGCCCCGUGGGAUCUUCCUGAAAGGUCAAGUUCGAGAAGUGGUGAUCUGAAAUGGUACUUCUUUUGUCCGGUGGGGAGAAAAUACUUAAAUGGGGCCAGAAUGAAUCGUGCUACUGAAUUUGGGUACUGGAAAAUCACUGGAAAGGACCGGUCUGUUCAUUACAGUGAAGAGUUGGUGGGUUUGAUAAAAACUUUGAUUUUUCAUCUAGGAAAGGCACCGGGAGGGCAACGAACGAAUUGGGUUAUGCAUGAGUAUAGACUGGAAGAGAAAUAUCUGGCUAGUAAUGGAGUUCAGAACACACACGUGCUUUGUAUGAUUUUUCAGAAGGAUGGCCUGGGCCCACGAAACGGUGCCCAAUAUGGAGCACCAUUUAAGGAGCAAGAUUGGAAUGACGAUGAGGAAAACUGUGGAGAAGCUGGCCCUUCUGUUCAUUUGUCUAUCCCAACAUGUGUGCUGCCUGGGAACUGUAGCAGUUCAGUUAUGGUUGUCAACUCUGCUUUGGGUGGCACGGUUGGUGAGUCAUGUUUAUCUGAAACCAUGCAAUCCGACUCUGAGAGGCUUCCAGCCACCUGCACUAAUAACGUUGUUUCGAAGGAAUUACCGCAAGCUUUGGAUGAUGGGGAUAUUCUUCCAGCUGUGCUUGCUAGUGAUGAUGAUAAUAUUCUUUCAAAGGAGUUACUGCAAGCUUUGGGUGAUGGGGAUAUUCUUCCAGCUGUGCUUGCUAAUGAUGGUGAUAAUAUUCUUUCAAAGGAGUUACCACAAGCUUUGGGUGAUGGGGAUAUUCUUCCAGCUGUGCUUGCUGAUGAUGAUGAUAAUGUUCUUUCAGUAUUUGCUUCCUUUAUGGAAUAUGCCACUUUGAUCUCAAAUGAAGAUGACAAAAAUAAGAAUUUCAGUCAUGGAGUGAAUCAUGAAGUUGCACAUGAUUUUGAUAUUUACAAAGACUUGGAAGAUCUGGGAAACACAGCUAGCCUGAGUGAAAAUGGAUACAGUGUCUAUAAUGGUCAGCAAGCUAGUUUUCCUGUGCACCUUUGUUUAGAUAUGAAUGAUCUCGAGCUGCCGCUGGAUACUUUUCCCGGACUCCCACAAUAACAUUCUGUCGGUAAAAUUAAAAUUACUGUACAGAAGCGAGUGGUUGUAUUGUUCCAAUUUUCUUCUAUGAAAUUUUUCAAGUACAAUUUGUUAUGUACCGUGAUUGUCUCCCUUCAUUUGGGUUGCUGUAACCUAAGCAAGCUCUGUCAGCUUGUAUGGCCUUAGAUUAUGCUUUGUAAAAUGAAGUUUUGUUCUUCUUUUCUAAUCUCACUUGCGAAUUUCUGGCA